AUCUUCAGACACGUGUCACAUUGACUGAUUGGAAUCAACAAAAAGUCAGCACCAAAAACCAAUGAUCGUGUACGCCCUACUGGCAAUUGUCGCUGUUCUGGCCUACUUCUACUUCAAGAACAGUGAGAAUGGCAAGAAUGCAACGACAUCUCAAAGAAGUUCAAGAAGCACUCGUUCCACAAAAAGCUCGAGAUCAUCUCCGAAGACUGUGCCUGUUACUGAACAGCCUGCAGCUGCUCAACCUCAACAACUCGAACAACCGACCCCUGCACCUGCUCCGGAAUCUGCUCCUGCUCCAGUUCAAUGCCCGGAACCAACUCCUGAAGUCCCUCAGCAACCAACACAAGUGUCCGCUCCAGUUCAAGAAAUCACUCAAGGUGCUCCUGCUCCAAUCCCCGAGCCAACUCCAGUCACUGCAGAACAGCCAACUCCAGUUGAUCCUUUGAGCUCUCCAAUUAAACCAAUUGGUAGAGACUCUGUAUUGUUGGCGCCGAAGGACAAUGUUCAUGCAGGAAUUGGUGGAAAAUCCGAGAGGAUGGCUCCAACUGAGAAUGCUUCUGGAGGUGGAAACUCGGUUAUUUUGGGCCCAAAGGAUAAUACUUCCAAUGGUGUUGGUGGAAAAUCGGAGAGAUUGGCUGUGGAUUCUGGACCUGCUUCAUCUGAUCAAUCAUCUUCUGCUCCUGCUUCUACCGAAUCGAAGAAAUCCCACACCCCUGGACCACACUAUUCGAACAUUUUGGCCAAUUUUAACCUCACUAAGCAGGCUGGAGGCCUGUGA